GAAUGCAUUCUUAUGAUAUUGAUGAUAAAACAUGGACACCAAUGCAAACCAUAGAUCAAUCAAUUAUACAGAAUUUACAUUCUGCCGUAGUAUUAGAUUCUUACAUUUAUGUGAUUGGUACAAAUGGAUCGUUUUAUAGACUUGAAUAUGCUGAAUCAAAUGCAAAGUGGGAACAAAUGGCAAAUACAAAUCUUCAUUAUGCUUGUGCAGUUGCACUUGAUGGUUUUGUUUAUGGUAUUGAAUAUCAGAAACACUCAAACAUUAUGGAAAGAUAUGAUCCAUCAAAUAAUAAAUGGACCAGACUAACAAACAAAUCAUUGAUCCUGGCUUAUGAAUCUUUGGUGGCUGCUGAUGGAAAAGUGUUUUGUAUUGCAGGACUGAAACAACAACAUGGAGCAACAAACCAAGUUGAGAUUUAUGAUCCUGUCACAUCAACUUGGUCAAUGGAUAAUAGAUCAUUGAAUGAAGCAAGAUAUUAUGCUUCUGCAACUGCAACAGAGGAAGGAAUAUAUGUUAUGAGAGGUUAUAAUGUUAAUGGAAGCUCAAUUCUUGCUACUGUUGAAUUUCGUUCAUCUGUAAUGAAAACCUGGAUGAUGUUGAAACCGAUGAAAAAUGCAAGACGAGACUUCAGUAGUUGUGUGAUUGACGGGAAAGUUUAUGUCAUUGGUGGAAAUGGAAAUCCUGCAUAUAUAGAGGAAUAUGAUCCUGAAACAAAAGAAUGGGAAAUAAUUGGAACAUUACAAGGAAAAAAUAUUUUUCCAAGAGCAACUGUCGUAAUUUCUAUAUAACAUUGAUUGCUUACUGAA